AUGUAUCUUGAACUCCAGAACCUCUCAAGCAAGAACAGAUACGAGAGGUAUAGAAAGAGCGACACCAUAGUGAUUGACAACGGAACAUACGAAUGCAAGGCCGGAUAUUCUGGAGAUGGACCGCAGAUGGUCUUCAAAAACAUUCUGUAUCGCCACAAGACUGUGUCAUCGAUAGAAAGCUUCCAAGGGGCAUCUCCUAAGACAAUGUUUGAUGGCGACGUUGUGACCAACUUUGAAGUUUUGGAGAAUGUCAUUGACGAAAUUCUUGAGUAUUUGAAGCCGGAGAAGCUGAAGAACCUGAUAUUUACAGAAAAGAUAUUUAAUCCGACACACGAGGACCUUGUGAAAUUCUUGUUCGAUGUCUAUGGAUUCGAGAAGAUACAGAUUGGGGUGGAUAGCUACUAUUCGUAUCUUUGGAAUAUGAGUGGGGAAGACUGCAUGGUUGUGGACAUGGCACAUUCUGCAACCACAUGCCUUGUCAUCUGCGGAGGGCGGAUCAUGGACGUCUACAAGAUCAACUUUGGAGGAAAGGCUGCAGGAGAUUAUCUCUCGGCACUGAUGUUUAACAAAUUUUUCAAUGGGAAGAAGAACUAUAAGGGUCUAAUUCCAUAUUUGAGAUGCUCUUUGGACUAUAGGAGAGAGACAGUUCAGAUCCUUGAGGAAAUGAAGGUGGGAAACUAUUCAAGAAAUUACUUUCUGGAUGAGGAGCUCGAGAUGGUGAAGGAAAAGCCUGUAGAUAAGAAACAGAAGAUGUGUGCUGCACCUAUGGUCUCUACCUCCAUGCCUGAGAUCGAUAUGUGUCUUCUUAACACUGCAGAUGUUGAUCUGGAUCCGGAAGAGAUUAAGGAGAAGAAGAAACAGAAAAUCUUGUACCACUCCACUCUCCAUAGACUCAAGACCCGGGUCGAGAAGUGCUUAGAGAAACUAUCCUCUCAUAUUUUGUACAUGGAAGACGAGAGAGAGAAACUAGAGGAUCUUGAGGGAUUCAUUAGCAAGAAAAAAACGGAGCUUCAGGCACUCAAGAGGGAGCUGGAGAUAAGGAGUAGGUUAAGAAGAGAUGUUAAGAACAGAAAGACAUAUGAGUUUCAGGUUAGGUUUAAGGAGGGGGAAUUGACUGCCGACGAGAAGACAUUGGUUGAAAAAAUAAGAGAUGCCGAGGACUUAGACAAGGAAAAUAAGAUUCUGGAAUCUUUGAAGAGCCUCAUCCACCAGAUAAAAGAACUAGAUCCCUACUUUGAACCAUAUACAGCCGACACAGUUGACCUUCUUAGCGGCCAUUUCAUCGGAAGAAUGAACGCAAACGUGGAUCUCCUGAAGAUUCCAGAGAUAGUUUUUUCUCCUUCGAUCAUAGGACUAGACCAGAUGGGGUUAACAGAGAUAAUGGAAGAUGUUAGCAAAAAAUAUAGAGUGAAGAAGGUGCUAUUAACAGGAGGUUUCUCUCAGAUAAAGGAUAUCGAUGUCCGCAUAAGAAAUGAAAUGACAAGCAUGUCGUUUGUGGGGGAGAUCGAGGUUAUAAAGGCCAAAGAUCCUAUAGGUGAUUCGUUCCGAGGAGCAAGGAUCUGCGAAGCAUUCCCCACAUAUACUCUGGAGGAAUACAACCGUUCAGGGAUUGUCGGAGUAUGUAGGAUUCCUGGGGAAAAAUCGACUCUGAAUCCCAAGUCUUGA